UCCGUUUCCUAUGCGGUGGCUGCCAUCGACCUGGAGACCGCUUCCAGCCUCGUCGAGGAUUUCUGCCAGUCCAGGUCACUGCCCCCUGCGGCUCGCAUCUACAUCAGCGCCGUCGGCAACGGAAACGUCACCGUAUCAGGCCCUCCCGCACAGCUGUUUGGCUUCUUCUCGGAGAACCAGAACCUAAAGUCGGCCAAGAUUGUGAUGACCGGCUUGUUCCACUCGGCCGUGCUCUACGACCAGUCCGCCGUCGUGGGCCUGCUGGAAAAUGCGAGCCCAAAGCUGCUUUCGAGGGUCGGCAAACUGGAGAUCGUGUCCAACUCGGAGGAAGGAGACUCGACGAUACUGCCCGGGCCCGCGGACCAAGCUUUGGAGACCAUCCUCACCGAGGUCCUGUCACGGCAAAUGCGGUGGGAUCUCGUCACACAGCGGGUAGCGGAUUUGUUCAAGGGGUCACAGGAGCCAUCAGGAGGCGCAGUAAUCUUGCCCUUCGCCACGGGGAGCGUCCAGGGCCUCGCCUCCGCCCUUCGACCGUCUCCGGACGGAGACGCGGCGACCAUCGUCGACACGGCCCGGCGGCCCCAGAACACGGGGAGCGGUCGUUCCGGGGCUGAUGCUCCGGGAGGCAACAGAGACAGGACUAAGAUCGCCAUCAUCGGCUACUCUGGAAGAUACCCGGAUGCGGACAGCAACGAGGAGUUUUGGGACUUGUUCAUGGCCGGCCUCGACGUUGUCAAGGAUAUCCCCAAGAGCCGCUUCGACCCUUCCGUGUACUGCGACCCUACCGGAAAGAAAAGGAACACGAGCGCCAUCUCGAAGGGGUGUUUCGUCAAGAACCCGGACCUGUUCGACGCCCGCUUCUUCGGCAUGUCCCCGAGAGAGGCAGAGCAGACGGACCCGGCCCAGCGCCUCGCCUUGAUGACGGCGUACGAGGCUAUGGAGAUGGCCGGCCUUGUCCCGGACUCGACGCCUUCUACGCAGCGGAACCGAGUCGGAGUCUUCUACGGGUCUGCGUCUGACGACUACAGAGAGGUUAACGCGGCUCAAAACGUCGAUACUUACCUCAUCCCUGGAGGUGUCCGCGCCUUUAUCCCUGCCCGCAUCAACUACCACUUCCGUUUCACCGGCCCUUCGCUCGAUGUCGAUACCGCCUGCUCUUCUGGUCUUGCCGCGCUCCACGUCGCCUGCAACUCCAUCUGGACGGGUGACUGCGAUGUCGCGAUUGCCGGAGGAACGAACGUCAUGACGAACCCCGACAUCUGGGCCGGUUUGGACCGCGCCCAUUUCCUGUCCCGGACGGGCAACUGCAAGACCUUUGACGAUGGCGCCGAUGGCUACUGCAGAGCCGAGACUGUGGCAUCAGUGGUGCUCAAGAGGCUCGACGAUGCAAUCCUCGAUGGCGAUCCGAUCCAGGGCGUCAUCCUCGGUGCUCUCACCAACCACUCGGCCGAGUCAGUCUCCAUCACCCGGCCACACUCCGGUGCCCAGCGUGCCAUCUUCAGCCGCAUCCUCGACUCGGCCGACGUCGACAGCUCCGAUGUGAGCUAUGUCGAGAUGCACGGGACCGGCACGCAACACGGAGAUGCCUGCGAGAUGGACUCGGUCCUCAGCGUCUUCGCCCCUGAAGGAUCCCGCCGUGAGCAGUCUUUGCAUCUCGGCUCGGCCAAGGCCAAUAUUGGCCACGCCGAAUCGGCAUCCGGCACCGCGUCUCUGAUCAAGGUCCUGCUGAUGAUGGAGAAGAACCAGAUCCCCCGCCACGUCGGCAUCAAGACCAAGAUCAACAAGAAAUUCCCUACCGAUCUGAAUCAGAGGAACGUCCACAUUGCCAUGGAGACGACGGCGUGGCCGAGGCCGGACAACACGGCAUACGGAAGGCGGGCGUUCGUGAACAACUUCGGAGCCGCGGGUGGCAACUCGUCGGUCCUCCUUGAAGACGCUCCGCAACGGCCGCAACUGGACGCAGCAGCACAGGACCCCCGACCGCUACACGUCGUUUCCGUGUCGGCCAAGUCGCAGGCGGCCCUGAAGCGCAACAUCCGCGCUUUGGUGGACCAUCUCGACGCUAACCCGGACACCUCGCUCGCCUCGCUGUCGUACACCACCACGGCCCGCCGCAUCCACCACAACUUCCGCGCGGCUGUGUCCGGAAAGACGAUCCGGGACAUCAGCCAGGGGCUUCAGCUGGCCGAGACCAAAGACCACUUCUCGCAGAACGGUGGGGUCCCCGUCGCCUUCUGCUUCACCGGCCAGGGUGCGCAGUACAUCGGGAUGGGCAAGGCGCUGCUCGAGAUUCCCCGGUUCCGGUCCUUCGUCACGGACCUGGACGAGGUGGUGCGCCUGCAGGGUUUCGAGCCGAUCCUCCCCAUCAUCGACGGCAGCUGCGCCGCACCCCUAGAGACGCUGCCCCCGGCCACGGUGCAACUGGCCAUGACCUGCCUGCAGAUGGCGCUGGGGAAGCUCUGGACGUCUUUCGGCAUCGCUCCCAAGCUCGUCGUCGGCCACAGCCUCGGCGAAUAUGCCGCCAUGAACGUCGCCGGCGUCCUGUCCGAUGCCGACACCAUCCACCUCGUCGGCACCCGCGCCGCGCUCCUGGAGAAGCACUGCCAGGUGGGAACCCACGCGAUGCUGGCCAUCAAGGCUGCGGCAUCCAAGGUGACCCCCCUCAUGGCGUCGCGCCCGGAUCUCGAGAUCUGCUGCGCAAACAGCCCCGAGGAGACCGUGGUCGGAGGACCCAAUGCCGAGGUCGAGUCCUUCGCGGCUUCGCUCACCGGCCUGUCCAUCAAGGCGACGCAGCUCAAGGUCCAGUUCGCCUUCCAUUCCGCUCAGGUGGAGCCGAUCCUCGAGGCCUUCAGCGAGAGCUGCGCCAGCAUUACGUUCAAGAAGCCCACCAUUCCGCUGCUCUCGCCGCUCCUGGGCUCGGUUAUCACGGAGGCCUCGGAUUUCGGGACGCCGUCCGUCUACCUGAGCCGCCACUGCCGGGAGACGGUCAACUUCCAGGCGUCUGUCCUGUCGGCCAAGUCGGCGGGCAUCAUCUCGGACAAGAUGGUCUGGGUCGAGAUCGGGCCUCACCCGACAUGCUCCCGCAGCAUCAAGUCGACGCUCGGGUCCACUUCGAUCAGGGCCUUCCCUACCCUGCGGCGCGGCGAAGACGACUGGGCCGUGACCGUCCCCACCUUGGCUUCGCUGUACGAGUCGGGUCUGGCCAUCAACUGGGACGACUACCACGCCGGCUUCAAGAAGAACCUGAGUGUUCUGAGGCUCCCUUCGUAUAAAUGGGAUCUCAAGAGCCAUUGGAUUCAGUACACCGGCGACUGGCUGCUGACCAAGGGCCAGUGCAACCACGAUCUGACACCCGUGGUCCAGGCGCCGGCUCCGAAGAAAGAGCCCUUCACGGCCACUGUCCAGGACUUGGUGGAAGAGAGCUACGCCGCCGAGGAGUCCUGGAUCGUCGCGAGAUCCGACGCGCAGGACCCCUAUCUCGCGGCCGUCCUCAGGGGCCACAAGGUCAACGACCAGCCCCUGUGCUCUUCGGCCGUCUACGCCGACAUGGCGCUCACCAUGUUCACCCGCUUGCUCGAGAAGUCACCCGUCGGCUUUGACAAGGCCGGCAUGGGCGUCGAGGUCCGGGACUUGGUCGUUGACAAAUCCCUGAUCCUCAACAACGAGGCCGUGCAGCUGGUCGAGCUCAAGGCCCACGUCCAGUGGUCGACGAGGGAGGCCACCUUCUCCAUCUCGAGCAUCGACUCCACCGGGAAGCCCACGGCCAACCACGCCAAGUGCGUCGGCACCUACUCGCAGACGAAGGCCUGGAAGACGGAGUGGAAGCGGAUGGCGUACCUGGUCAAGGCCAGGAUGGCGCACCUGCGGCAGGCGGUCGACGACGACGACUCGGGCGUGUGCCAGAUCAAGACCGGCCUGUUCUACAAGCUGUUCGGCGCGCUCGUCGACUACGACCCCUCGUUCAGGGGCUGCCGAGAGCUCAUCAUGCGCUCGGCCGACUUCGAGUCCACGGCCAAGGUCAAGUUCAACACGUCCAAGGAAACGGCGGCGCAGUUCAAGUUCCCGCCGUACUGGCUCGACAGUCUCGGCCACAUCACCGGCUUCACCAUGAACGCCAACGAGACCCUCGACUCCAAGGCCACCGUGUACAUCAACCACGGGUGGGAGAACAUGAGGGUCGCCGAGACCCUGUCCCCGGACAUCACGUACCGGACCUACGUCAAGAUGCAGGACAACGGCGGCCGCUCCUACAUCGGCGACGUUUACGUCUUCAACCCGGUGUCCGAUUCCAUCAUCGCUGUGUACGAGGGCGUCGUCUUCUCCGCCAUCCCGAGGAAGGUUCUCGACAAGGUCCUGCCCCGUCCCGCCGCGGCCGCUUCGGCCCCGACUCAGCGCGCGGCCCCUGUCACCGUGAAGGGACCGUUCGUUGCUCCGCCGCCGGCCACCAAGCAGGCCCCCCCCGCUCCGUCCGCCCGGCCGUUGCCUGCAGCCGCCGCGACGGGAUUACACAGCGCGAUGACGGACAAGCUCCGCACCAUCGUCGCGGAGGAAGUCGGCGCGCCCGUGUCCGAAGUAGUCGACGACAUCGACCUGGCCGACCUGGGAGUCGACUCGCUCCUGGCCCUGACCAUCGCCGACCGGCUCCUCGAAGAGCUCGGCGUCAAGGUGGACUCGACCCUGUUCAUCGCGGGGAUCAAGGUGCAGGAGCUCAUCCAGAUCGUAACCGGUGUCAGCGGCAACGGCAACAGCAACAGCAGCACCGCCUCCUCCUCCGCCUCCUCCUCGGCGCUCUCCUCCCCCGGCAUGCGCGGCGACGACGACGCGGCCCUGCACUACCAGCACGACGGCACCGACACGCCGCUCUCCUCGCGCCCGCUCUCCCCCGCCCUCAGCACCGACAGCGGCUGCUACUUCUCGCGCGACGACGCCGACGUCACCCCCACCACUCCCCUCUCACCCCCACCCCCGGCAUUCCAAUGCCCCCCCGCAACCUCCGUCCUCCUACAAGGCAGCCCCACGACAACCGCGCAGCGCACGCUCUGGCUCUUCCCCGACGGCUCCGGCCUCGCGACCGCCUACCUGCAGCUCCCCGACCUGCCCCCCAGUACCACCAUCUACGGCCUCAACAGCCCCUUCGUCAAGAACACGACCGGUCUCGACCGGUGCGCCUUCGAGCAGCUCGUCGACGCCUACCUGACCGAGCUGCGGCGGCGGCAGCCGUGCGGGCCCUACAUGCUAGGCGGGUGGUCCGCCGGCGGGAUCUGCGCCUACCGGGCCGCGCAGCGGUUGGUGGAGGAGUAUGGCGAGGUCGUGGAGGGGUUGGUGCUGCUGGACUGUCCGGAGCCGAUGGGCCGCAAGAAGCUGCCCGAGAGGCUGUAUGCGGAUCUGGAUAAGAAGAAUGUGUUCGGGUCGGCGCCCGGGAGGCGGCCGCCGGCGUGGUUGCUGGAGCAUUUUAUGGGGUUUUCGAAUAUGUUGGAUACUUUUGUGUUGAGGCCGUGGGCGGGGGGGAGUUUGCGGACGUGGAUGGUGUGGGCGGCGGAUGGGGUGGAUGAGCGGGGGGAGAUUGAGAUCCGGCCGGAGGAUCCGCGGAACAUGACGUGGUUGAUGAGGAAGCGUAGCGGGGAGGAUUUGAAGACGAAUGGGUGGGAUUUCCUUGUGGGAAGGGACAAGAUCGAGGUCGAGAUCGUGCCGGGGGCGAACCACUUCAGCUUGAUGCAGAAGCCGGCCGUCACCAAGAUGGGCGCGUUCCUCAACAGGGCGUUGAUGUCCUAGAGCUGGUGUUGGAAAAGGGUUUUUGUUUUGUCACGGGUCGUGGUUCUGUUUUCCUUUCCUUUCCUUUUUUUCUUUUGUUAAAAUCUGGCGAGAUAAUCGGGCACAGUAGCGGUAUGUUGGUGAUAUGAAGUAAUGCUUGAAAGGUAGUUGAUUAGGUCCUGCAAUCGAUAUAUCAGUUUCAAUAAAGUGGUUUAAUCAGCGAUACAUGCCGCCCAA